CCCUGGCCUCUCCCCUUCCCUGCUGGUUCCUUCAACUUCAUCAGUGCGUGCUACUGCUACCUGCGCCGCCUAAACAAAUACAUCCUCGAACCCAGAAGCAGAAGUGGAAAUCGCUCGCGAAGCUUAGCAAGAAUCACUCGAGCACUCCACUCCAAUAUCAAGCCUAGUUUCAAACCUUAGAGGAGAGAGGCGCACACGCACUGCGCGAGUGGUAGCAGUAAGAUGGCGCUGCGCUGCUCCCUGCCCGCAACCUGUUCGACGUUUUGCGUGAAAGGAUCGGAGCACCGGAACCCCCACCGUCCGAGCUCCCCCGCGCGCGCCGCGAGCUUCGUCGGCCUCGCUUCUUGCCCGCAACGCCGGAGACUCGUGCUCGCCUGCUGUGCGCGGGCGCAGGCGAGCGACUCCGAGGCCGUGCAGCUGCUGCUCGGCGGCGCGGCGCGCGGCGACGACACCGACACGGACUCCGAGUCCAGCGACGACGAGGCCGGCGGCGAGGACGCCCAGGCGCGCAUGACGGACGAGGAGCGGAGGACGCUGCGUCGUAAGAUACAGGAGAUGAUGGACCGCGUCCCGGAGACGGCAGAGCUGACGGACCCGGAGGAGCGGAAGGCCAAGAUGCGGGAGCUGCUGACCAAGUACGAGCUGGUGGUCGAGGUGGAGGACCCGGACUGGCCCGAGGACGCCGAGGACGGGAUGGGGUUCAGCCUCGGCCAGUUCUUCGACAAGAUCACCAUCAAGGCCGAGAAGAAGGACGAGGAGGUAGAUGACACGGGGUAUCAGAGCGACAAGGAGAUCGUUUGGGAGGAUGACAACUACAUCAAGCCGAUCAGGGAUGUCAAGACACAGGAUUGGGACGCGUCCGUGUUCAUGGACUUAGGCCCGAUGAUUGUGCUUGUGCAUAACAGAUACAAGAGACCGCAGGAGAACGAAAUGGCGAGGGCUGAGCUAGUUAAGGCGAUCGAGAUGUUCUGCGAACACAAUCUGCCUUCACCAAGGUGUGUGGCGGUAGAUGCCUGUGCUGAGCCUGAUCUCGUGGAUGCAUUGAAGGUUUCUGGGUUCCCAGAGAUCCUCUUCACCAAUGCAGGGAGGAUAAUACACCGUGAGAAAGUUAUUCGGUCUGCGGAGGCAUGGUCGAGGAUGAUGGCGUUCUUCUAUUAUAAAGCAGCAAGGCCGCCGUUCUUGUGUGAAGCAGAUGGGCAGGGUCAAGAAAAGAUCCCUUCGAUGUCAUGAGAACGUGGAGGCGUAGCCUUGUAGUAGUGUAGUAUUUCACAUCAAUAUACAUUGUUAGAACUUGACAGUUUGCAUCAGUGUACACUGUUAGAACUCUAGAGCUUAGACUUUUAACUGUCGCAACAAAUCUCCAUUACCCAGCUUCUUUGUAACAGCUUCUGACAGUAUUUGUCAUGCAGUGUAGCCAUGUUCUGAAAUUUUUGACAUAGCGGAGGAACUUGUGCGUUUGGUUGGA